UGGCCCGUCCGGUGUCGAUGUGUGUUACCGGAGCUGUUAGGAGUUAACAUGUCUGAAUAACUGGUGUGUUUUCAGUGGUUUUUUGGAUAAAAAGAGAGAAACUACUUUAUUAAAAACCCGCCAUGGAGGCUGUGACUAAGUGGAGACCGCAACAAGUGGUGGACUGGAUGCGGGGUCUGGACGACAGCGUGCAGCAGUACAUCCUGUCCUUCCAGCAGCAGCAGGUGGACGGAGAGAAGCUGCUCAGGAUGUCCCACCAGGACCUGCUGUCUCUGGGCGUGUCGAGGGUCGGACACCAGGAGCUGGUGCUGGAGGCCGUGGAUCUGCUGUGUGCUCUGAACUCGGGCGUGGAGUCGGACAACCUGAAGACUCUGGUGGGGAAGAUGAGAACGGCGCACCACAACCUGAGCAGCGCCGUGUCACAACGCAGGAAGAACCCCGCAUACCACAACAAAAACUCCCAUCAGCCCUCCAACGAGUUCCUGACCGCCGUGGUCGAGCUGAUCGGAGCCGCCAAGAGUCUGCUGGCCUGGCUGGACAGGACUCCACUGACGAGCCCCAACGACUUCACUUCCACCAAGAGCCGAAUCAUCCAGCUGUGUCUGGAGCUCACCUCCACCGUCCAGAAGGACCUCACUGUUUAUGAGAUGGAGGAGAAGAUUAUGGAAGUGUCUCGGGCUCUGAACGGUAUCUGUGAGAAAACAGCUCAGACGACCUCCGACACUUCGAAGGGUGACAUGACCUGUCUGGAGGAGGUGCAAAUCACCAACAUCAAGCCCGGAGAGGGACUGGGGAUUUACAUCAAAUCCACCUACGACGGGCUUCACGUCAUCACGGGAACAACAGAGAACUCUCCUGCUGAUAAAACCCAAAGGAUUCACGCCGGAGACGAAGUCGUUCAGGUCAACAAACAGACGGUGGUGGGCUGGCAGCUGAAGCACCUGGUGGAGAAGCUGAGGACGGAGACAGGAAGCGUCACCCUGGUGGUGAAGAAGAGGCCGGCUGGCAUCGCUGGCGGCUUCGCUCCCGCACCGCUGAAAAACCUGCGAUGGAGACCCGCCCUUGUUCAGACAUCUCAGGGAGCUCCGGGUCUCCACAGACUUCGACAUCCAGAACCUUCAGACGCAGCAGGGAAGAGAGUUAAGUCAGCUGUGUUGGAUCUGUACAUCCCUCCUCCGCCCGCAGCACCGUACGUACCGAUAGACGGGAACACGAACAUUCACCAGGGUGUGAAAAUGAGGCCGAAGUCUCCGAACUCUCGUCUGGAUGCGGACACACGGAGACGCUACACCGUCGCCGACGACAAAAGGACGUCCGUCAUUUCUCCUACUGAAGGGAACCAGCCGAUUCCGGUCCGCCUCCGACAGCGCGCCUCUGCACGCUGUAAACCUCGGCCCGUCUCCAUGCCGGUGGAAUCACUGUCGGCUGCGUCCAACCCGUCCUGCAGGCGCGGGACUCAGGGGAAGAAAGGUCAGGACAUCCUUCACAGGUAUCUGAGUAACGAGGGGAUCAGCGUCAUCACAGAGGAGGAGCCGUGUUACCCGCUGCCGUACCGCGGCCACCCGUCUGUCCGCGGCGUCGACCACAUCCGAGGCAGCCAGUGCUUCAUCAACGCCGAUCUGCACAGCACCGCCACCAUCCCCUACCAGGAGGCGGCGUCCAAGAAAUCCACCACCGCCGCCACUGCCUCCUCUUCCUCCACCACCACUUCCUCUUCCUCCUCCUCCGCUGCUGUUUCACCUCCUCCGACUGCGACCAAACAGUCGACGUCGCUGCUCGGCGGCUGGCUGGCUCGUCUCAGGCUGCUCAGCCACUGACUCCUUUAAAUUUUUAUCAGAACAGACGAGUUCUGCUCAUCUGGCUCCAACAGCAGGUCAAAUAUUCUCAGCCUGAUCCUCAACGCCUUCAAGCAUCCGAGCACACAACAAAUAAUAUUAAAAAAAAGUGAAAUAAACUUUGAGAAUGAAGCAAAGAUCUCACGAAAAGUCAAAACGACAGCAAAGAAGAAUAAAAGAAAAGCAAAUCUGUUUUUCUGACCAAGACUGUUUUCAUGAUUUUUCAUGUGAGUCGUCUCUUUGAACUUCAAACUGGAGACUUUAUAUCGACGCUUAUCAGUUUAACUCUCCAAUCAGAGAAAGAUUAUAUAGAAACUUUAAUCCUUCCUCCUCUGACCCCUGAUUACUCUGCUGCACCUGUGUGUGAAAAGUAGAAUAAAAGUUUGGAAAUGUAAACACACAGAAUCUCAGACUGAACUGUCUGCAGUCAAGUUGCAUUAUGGGUAAU